CGCAUUAAAAGAUGCGUAAGGCGUUCGUGCAAACGACAUUCCAACCGACGUAAUAGUACUUUUCUUUCGGCCGCUGCGUUAGCCACCCACAGGACACAUAGACAAUAGCUUGACCGUUCCACAAUACUGUGCUUUUGCUUGUUAUCGACGUGACCUUGACUGAAAUGUUAGCCGAAUCCGAGUAGAUAUGUCAGGUCUAUCUAGCUUGUCCGGGGCUCCUCCUCCUGGUGGAAGGCGAACAACAGGAGAUUUGGGAGGUGGUGGUGCCCCGCUAUCGAGCUUAUCUGGUGCUCCAACACUUUCUGGAAACAAGCCUCGGACGUAUACAGCUGACGAUGAUGAUGAUUUUCCACGCGCACGUUCUACUGGAACUAGGACGUCUUCGGCGCCGAGGGGUUCAUCGUUGGCAACGUCGACUGAGAAGAGCAGCUUGCGACAAUCGACACCGGCGCCUAAGACUCGCUUUAAUGACGAUGACGACGAUUUCCCUAAAUCGACUAUGAAGAAAACGGUUUCGUUUGCCGCAAACAGCAAGGGAGCCAAAUCGGGAAGCAAGUCACCGUUUGAUGAGGAUGAUAACGACUUCCCCAAAACUUCAAAGUCGUCAGCCUUCAAGGACCCCUUUGAUGAUGAUGAUAAGCCCAGCACCAGCAGAGGCGGCGGCAGUGCCGGCAGCAACACGCGUCCUUCCGCUAACAACCCCGCCUUCAAGUGGGACGAUGAUUCCCCUCCUCGUAACACCUCCGCUUCUGGGUCCAAGCCCAAUAAAGGGCUGUUUGAAGACGAUGACUUCCUUUCAUCUCUCAACCCAGAUAGCGUGUUUAGUGGCGGCAGCAAGAAACCAGAUGAGCCUGCGCCGCGGGCCCGUACGCCCGUUGGUGGGUCGCGACCCACGGGUCCAAAAGCUGACGACAUCUUUGGCAUGAUGAAGGAUGAGCCGCCUGUUAUUACAGGGGAUCUGGGGCUUGACCUGUUUGGAGCUACAGCCAGCAGCAAACCGGCAGCUGGGCCUCGUGCGGGGCGGCGUGCGGCGGCAACAGCAACAUCGCAGGCGUCCCUAGAGCCCUCCCCGGAGACCUCUCGGGAGCCAACACCGGAGCCCUCGCGGCCGCCCAUUUCACCGGAGACCUCGCGUCCUUCUGUGUCCCCUGAGGCUAGCCAAACAGGGCUGAUGGGAGGACGGCAAGCUGGGAUGGGCCCCGGACGUGGGAGUGCUAUGGGCGACGAAGGAGGCGACGGCUUGCCACGCAGCGUGUCGCCCGCGGGAGCCGCAGGUCGGCGUGGCAACAUGGAAACUGGCCCAUCACUAACAUCUCUCAUGGGAGGCGAACAGUCGAGCUCUGCGGGGCCUGGCUCCCGGCCACCCCCCGGCAGGGCCGCUGCUGGAGCUAGUGCUGGUGGCGGCAUGGAGCUGGAUGGAGACGACCUGCCUGGCCUAGGAUCGCCGGCAUUAGGGGCAAAAGCGGCUGCCCCGGCGCCUUCCAGCUCGUACACCCCCAGCGCUACUGGGCCCGGUGCGGGUCGCCGCCCCGUUGCUGCGAAGCCGCGCAAAGAUGAGGACAGUUGGGAUAUGGACGACAACCUUUUGCCCGAUGACAGCAACACGGCCCAACCUCCACCGCGGUCUCCGCCUCGUGCCCCUGACCCUCCCCCGGCUGCUGUCCCAGCACCGGCUGCGGCACCCAGCACUUCCAUGGGCGGCUACACCCCCAGCAGCAGCGAAGGCGCCGGUCGCUCCAGACUGCUGCAAAGCUCCAAUGCGGCGGCGAAGAAAGAUGACCCACCUCAGGACGAAGAGGAGCCCAGCACGGGGGGCUACAUGCCGUCCUUCGGCGCCCGCCGUCCUGCUGCAGGGGCUGGCAUGUACAGCAGCGCAAGCGGCCUGUCGGGCUUGGGGAUGGGUGGUGGCACUGGCGGCGCCGGCAGCACGGCAAUGAGCACUGACUACAGCGGUGGUGGUCUGUCUGGAACAUCGCUCACGCCCGGGGGUCCUGGUGCGCCGCGUCCUCGGCGGCAGCUGGGCGGUUCGGAGGUGUCGCCGCUGGCGGGCAUGUCGGGAGCAGCAGCUGCUACGGGCCCCGGGAAGCCGGGCGCCCCGCCGGCGAAAAAGACCAAGGAUGAGGAGGAGCGGGAGCGCGUGGCAGCAGCCAUGGCCGCGGCGACAGCACGCCGGCAGCAGCUGCUAGGAGCCGGACCCAUCCGCUUCCCGGGGCAGGCGCCGGCAGCCCCGGCGUCCGCGCCGCAAAGCGCAGCCACCAGCAGCAACCCCGCCCAGAGCGCGGAGCCACCCCCUAUCACUGUCGCCAGCGGCUCACCCACACGGCAACGUGGUGGGGUAUCGAAACCCGCUGUUGACCUUGGGCUGUCCAGCGACUCCUCAGACGGGGACCUUCCCUUACCAGACAAAGCCACCUCUCCUCCUCUACCAACCGCUGGUGGCCGGAAGCCUGUAUCUGGCAAGCCCGCAGCUGCGCCGCAUGGCCGCGAGCAGUACGACCCACGGGUGGCAGUCAGCGUGCCAGAAAUGGGCGCAGCAACUGUGGCAGUCGCCCUUGGAGGAGGCCUUCCGGGUCACGGUAACCUAGUGCAGUCCAGCAUGCCGGCUCCACAGCUGCAUCAGGAGCCCUCCUACCCAGCGAGUGUCACGUCACAGACCAGCGGGCUGAGCAUGGGUGGCGCUGCGACCCCGCCUAUACCAACCACAGAACGUUCGGGUGCCUCGAUCGUAUCACAGUUAUCUGGUGGUAUCACUGCUGGGGCAAUGGCGGGGAUGGCUGCUGGCGCUGCCGUGCCACAGCCGACCUCACCGCGAAGUACGGUUGUCAUGGGACAGCAGCAACAGUCGCAGCAACAAGGGCUGCCGCCUGGGGUGACUGUUAUGGGGCAGCAACCACAGCAGCAAGGGUUGCCGCCUGGAGUGACGGCUAUGACACCGCAACAGCAUGGAUUGCCACCGGGCGUCACUGCCAUGGGGUCCCAGCAACAAGGGCUCCCCCCGGGGGUUACCGCAAUAGCGUCAUCGCCGUCGCAGCAGCAGGGACUGCCGCCUGGUGUCACAGCGAUGGGGCAGCACCAGCAGCAGCAAGGGCUGCCUCCUGGGGUAACCCAAUUGGCUCGACAGAACAGCUUGCCUCCUGGUGUGACCCAGCUCAGCCAGCAGCAUAGCUUGCCGCCUGGUGUUACGGCUCUGGCGCCGCAACCACAAGUGUUGCCGCCUGGAGUGGCGGCGAUGGGACCGCUGCCGCCACAACCGCAUGGGCCACCCCCGGGAGUAACACAAUUAAUGCCUCAGCAACAGGCGUUACCGCCAGGCGUAACAGCAACGGGCCCGCAGCAGCAGUACGGACCACCGCCGGGCGUCAGCAGCCCAGCAGCCCAGGCGGCUGCGGCGCAGGCACUCCAGCGCACUGCCAGCAUGGGCGUGCCUCCUGGCGUACAGCGACUGUCGCCGGAACCCUCCACGCCGUCUGUAGCAUCUCCCUUUCAAGACUUAGUGCGCAGUCCGACGCCUACCGGCUCGGCCACGCACUCCAGCCAUACCCCGCAUUCUCAGCAUGGGACCCCAAGCGGCCCCCACAGCGCCGGUACGACGCUGUCAUGGGGCGAGAUUUCGCUUUCCCCGCAAGUGCCCAUUGAAACGUUAAAGGAGUCCCUCAAGGAAUCGCUGGUAAAGCCCCUCCAGGAGGAGCUCGAGAAGAUGGGAAAGCAAAUGACCGAGUCCAGGUCAGCAUACGACAGAGAAAUCUCCGGCGUCAGAUCCGAACACGAGCGGCAGCUACUAGAGGCACGCUCCGCAUGCGAGAAGCAACUCGCCGACGUCCGCACCGCUGCAGAGCGGCAGCUAGAGGAGGCCCGCAGCACCCACCGCAAGCAGAUGGAAGAGGCGCAUGUGCAGCACAUGCGGGAGCUGGAGGAGGUGAAGCGCCGACUGGAGCGCCAUGCUGAGGAGUCUCGGGCGCUGCAGGAGCGGCAGCUGGCGGAGGCGCGGUCGCAGCGGGACAAGGCAGUGGAGGAUGCGCGGGUGGCGCAGCUCAAGGCGCUGGAAGACGCGCGGGCGCAGCACCAGAAGGCCAUGGAGGACACGCGGGUGCUGCACGAGAAGUUGUUGGCGGAGACGCAGGGCGUGCAUGCCAAGCAGAUGGCCGACAUGAAGAACGCCUACGAGGCGGAGCUGCGGCGCGCCAUAGUGGACAUCGGCCGGGCGGUGGAGGACGCGCGGCGCACCUCUGAGGAGGCGAGGCGGCAAGAGGGCGAGGCGAGGCGCGCAAAGGAGGAGUCGGUUGCGCUGCGCGACCGCAUCCUAGCACUGGAGACGGAGCUGCGUGCGCGUGACGCGGCGCUGCGGGAGUCGGAGUCGCGGCUGGUGCAGCAGGAGACGCGCAGCAAGACGGAGCUGGCGGAGACGCAGGCCAAUGCCAUCAAGGAGGCGGCGCUGCUGAAGCUAGAGCUGGAGGACGCCAAAGCAUCCUUCACGCGAGUACGGCAACAGUACGAUGAAGCGACCAUGGCGCACGCUCAAGAGGUCGCACGCUACCGGGCGGAGGUGGAGGCGUGCCGCGUGAUGGCGGCGGAGGAGAUCCAGCGCGCCAAGCUGGCGGCCGCCGAGCAGGUGGCGGCUGCGGAGGCGCGCGGGCGGCGUGCCGGCAUGCUGGACAAGGAGAUCGCGGAGGCCACCAUCCGGCAGCAGCUGGCGGCCAUUGCGGAGGAGAAGGAGGUGGUCUCGCGGCACCGACUCAGCGCUGAGCUGCUGGCUCAGCUGACGGAGAAGGUCCGCUCCGUGGCCGUGAGCUCCAUUGAGCGUGAGGAGCGCGCGCUGUCCGCUCUGGAGCGCGAUGUGGCGGACCGUGAGGGCCGGCUGGCGGCGCGGGAGAAGCUGCUGGGCGAGCGUGAGGGGCGAGUGGCGAAUCGCGAGCGGGAGGUGGAUGCGCUGCGGGCGGACCUGCAGAACUUGAUGGUCACGCUGGAGAGCAGCGCCGUACACGACCGCGAGGAUCUCAAGCGCGAGCAGCUGCGGCUGUCACGCGAGGCGGCGCGAGUGGAGGCCGCCACCAACUCCAUGCAGGCCGAGCGCGAGGACCUCCGAGUGCAGAUCGCCAUGGAGCGGCGGCUGCUGGAUGAGGCUCGUGAGGCGCGGCGGCGCGAGCGCGAGGAGCUGCUGACGGAGGUGAGCACCGAGCGGCGCCGACUGGCCGCGGAGUACUCCGACACGCAACGGCAGCUGGACGCGGCCAGAUCAGAGCUGCUGGCCAUUCGCAGCAGGCUGGUGGACCUGGAGAGCCGCAGCAGCACCGCAGCAGCCCAUGCUUCCGAGGAGGAACGCAAACUGGAGGCCCUGCGCUCCGAGGUCACUACCACGCGGCAGACGCUGGAAGCAGAAGUCACGCAGACGCGGCAGACGCUCACCGCGGAGGUUGCACAGGCGCGGCAGGCUCUUGAGGCGGAGGUUAUGCAGACGCGGCAGACGCUGUAUGCCGAGGUGACGGAGACGCGGCAGGCGCUGGCGACGGAGGUUGCGGACACGCGGCAGGCGCUGAAUGAUGAGGUCGAGGAGGCGCGGGCGGCGCUCCAGACGGAAGCGUACGAGGCUCGGGAAGCCCUCCGAGCGUCACAGGAGGCUUUGUUGGAGGAGAAGGCCCGUAUGGAGAUUGAGGCACGUGAGCUGCUCGAGUACGCCGCCAAGCUGCAGGCCCAAUCUGCGGAGCUGGCGGCUCAGGCGGAGGAGGCGGAGGCGCAGUCGGGCAAGCUGACCUCGGAGCGGGAGGGCCUGGCGGUGGACCAGGCGUCCCUGCGCACCAUGCAGCUGCAGCUUGAGGAGCAGCGGCGCCUGCUGGAAGGCCUCAAGAAGACCCUAGACAAGGAGCGCAUGGCGCUUGCGGAGGAGCGGCACGGCCUGUCGGAGGAGCGUCUUGCAGCCUCACGCGUCGCAGAUGAGGCCCGCGCUGCUCAAGUCCGGCUAGCGGAGGCGGUUCGAGCCUACGUGCAGCAGGGCAUUCCCAUUCCCUUCGUCAUGGAUGGCUCGUCAGGGCUACUCAAGCCGCUCCCACCGGGACAGCCGCCUCCCUCCUCUCCGGACAAGCUGCAUGGCAGCAGCAGACAGCGACGGGGGCCACGCGCCGGCGGCAGUCGCAGCCGUAACGCCCUGCGGCACUUAUUGGACCGGUUGGGAGUGGAUGCAGUGGCAGCGAUGACGGCUGCCGGGGGCUCCCCGACGAGCCCCAUGGGCGGCAGGACCAUGGGUAGAGGGUCUGCGGGCGGCGCAUUGGAUGCUAAUGGUGGUGGCGGCGGCGGCAGCAACAGCAGUUACGUGCGGGCACAGCGGGAGUUCUUGGAGAAGAUGCGGUUGUCGGCGCCGGCAGGGAUUGCAGGGUUGCCGUCCCCAUCUCCUGCCGGUCCCAAGCUCACUCCCCUCUACGCCGCCCGUACCACAGCCACCUCGCCCGUGCCUGCCGGCCUUGAUCCCGCCCUGCUGCCUCCUAGCAUGGCUGCAGCGCACGUCCGCAGUACCUCCGUCACACCCGUCAAGCAUGAGCACCUUAUCACCACCCAUCUGGCAGCCCCGCUCGCCGCAUACGAGAGUGAACGGCCCACGCCGUCCGCCGCGGCCGCCUUUGAGGGCAGCCCGGUGGCAGGGGCCUCCGGCAAUUCCACCCGCAGGAGGAGGAAGGGCGCAGCGGAACUUGCCUCCUUGUUGUUCCUCCAAGGCGGGGAUGAAGCUGGCGGCGGCAUGGGGUACCUGCAGUCGGAGGACGAGGAGCGGGAAGAGCAGGCGUCACCUGACGGCACUCGGGACGCAAUUCAGCAGCUGCUGCAGACGAUACAGCUAGCAGUUAACAAGACCUCUGGUGCCGCUGGCAGUGCGCCAAAGCCGCCACGGCGCCCGCAACAACAACAACUCCUCGGGGACUCACUGGAAGCUAUGGCUACGGGAACCGCCAUGGCAGGUGCAGCGCAACCGCAAUCUCAACCACAGCCACAGUCCCGGCCGCCAAAUGGUGGAGCCAACAGGGCCCGAGUCAACGGGGAAGGAGGCGAGGAACGUGUGGCCGCACCUGCAGCUGUACCAGGGAAUGGACGUCAGGGUGCACACGUGGCGUCGCCCUUUACGGCUGGCCUCGAGGGAGAGCGGCCGCAACAGCCCGGAGCGGCGAUGCAGGCUCCCCUGGAGCCCGUCUUCUCAGAGAUUGCCUCGCCGGUGCCGCUCAGCUCCUCGUCAUCUUCCAUGGGCUUUGGAGACGCCGACCCAACAGAUCCGCUGGCCGCGCUGGGCUCCCGCCUCGGCCUCGCCGCCCUGGCGCAGGAGCUUAGCAGCUCUAUGGGCCAUGCCGGCGGGAUCAUGGCCCCGCCAGCCAGCCGCCUCGGUGGCACCAACGUAGGCGCCAGCGCUGGCAGCGAUGCGCUCGGUGGCCUCCUGCCGUCACGGCAGCGGCAGCUGGGCGAGCUGGCGGCCAUGAGUGAUGCCCUGGCGGCGCGCUUGGAGGAGCUAGGGCUAGCGCACCUCAGCGUGAGUGGUUCGCAGGCUGGCGACGGCGGCGGCACCAGUGUUGCCACAUCCUCGGUGUUGAGUCCAGGUGCUGGCGGUGGCGGCGGUGGCUUUAUGGCAGGCUUUGGCGGCGGUGCUGGCACCAACGUGUCACGGCAGCCGUCAACGCAGACGCCGCUGCAACUGUCGACGUCUGCGGGAGCACCGACAGGUGGCCGGGGGCUGCUAUGGAACAUGACUGGCGGCCGGGGUGGGAGUGGCGAUGGAAGGGGCACCGCUGACGGCAGUAUCAGUGGAGGCGUCGGCACGCUGACAUCACUUGGCGGGGGCGUGGUGGGCAGUGGCCUCAACUCUGCGAUGCGCAGUGCGGCAGAUACCCCGCUGCUCGGCUCGGCCAACGCCGAGGCGCUUGCGGGCAUGACACUACCGCAGCAGGCGGCCCUAGGCAGCAGCUCCAGCGAGCAAGAUGGCAGCCAAGGACGCCACACGGAGGGCGGCGCCUUGUCACCCAUCACCUCAGUCAACUCCAUCAGCGACGAUGAUUCUGACGACGGGGGCGUGGGAGCGUUGCUACCAUAAGCACGAACGACGGUCAUUCAAUCAUGCAAGUCGAGCCUGUGUGCGGCUUAGGUACUUUGUUGGCUUUUCUGGGGAGCGGAAGUGUUCGUGCCGUAGUUGCAAGUAUGUUCGCACAUUACUUGAGGGGCAUGCAGGCCGUGUACGAUGAAAGGUUUUACACCAGUCCGUUUGCAGGUGUUGCUCGUGAUAGCGAUAUUGACCAACUGAAUGAGUCAUAUACAGGGGCGGGACUAACUGAUUGGAUGUUAUAUAGUUUGGCACGUGUCGGCCCAUGCGUACAUAAUAGGGGAUGUGUGUAUAUUCAGAACAUUGCUGCUCCCAAGAGACUACUUUGCUCGUGCGCCCUGUAACAUGGCUAUCAGGGAUUGCUUAUGCCCAUAUCCGUAUGUGGUACUUGCAUUACAGUACAGCACUACAGUACUUGCAUUACAUCGUGUUCAGGACAUUGGAAGUCCGGCUCGAAGUAACAAGAGGAAACAGUCAGAAUGCACUGUCGUA